AUGUGGCGCAUGCGUGGUGGCGCCACACGGCGCGGGAGCUGCGGCGGGGCCUGCGGCGGCGGCGGCGGCAGCCGGGGCGAGUUAGGCCGUGAGGGCGGCGGCGGCGGCGGCGGCGUGGGCUGGCGAGGCCGCGCGAGCGGUGCCCGGCGACAGCUGGAGGAGCGCUUCGCCGACCUGGCCGCCAGCCACCAGGAGGCCGUGCGCGCGCGCGACGAGCGGGACCGGCAGAACGCGCGGCUGCGCGAGGAGAACGCCCGCCUGCGCCUGGAGAACCGGCGGCUGAAGCGCGAGAACCGCAGCCUCUUCCGCCAGGCUCUGCGGCUGCCGCCCGGCGACCACAACACCGACGGGCGCGACGCCGCGGACGCCACCCUCGGAGGCCCGGACGAGCCCGCCACCCACCGCAAGGCGAGAGGCGGAGGCCCAGACGGCGAUCCGGGCAGCCCCCGGGCGCUGCGGGCCCGACUGGAGAGGCUGGAGGUCAUGUACCGCCGGGCCCUGCUGCAGCUGCGCCUGGAGCAGCAGGGCGCGCGCCCGCCGCAAGACGGCGGCGAACGGCCGCUCAGAGAAGCCGCCGCCGGCCUGUGCGCCUCGGACCCGGACCCGGACCCGGAGGGCCCGGGCCCCGGCUGUAGCCGGAGGGCGCGGCGCUAGGGGCGUGACCUGUAUCAGCCCCGCCUCCGGAGCACUCAGCGCCCCGCCCCUCUGGACACGCGGAAGCUCCGGAUUUGCGCUCCAGGGACGCCGGCCCCACCCAUAGGCACUUCCGGGUGCCACAGUCCUUGGCCUGGGGUGUGUUGGAGAGGAGACAGAACUUCCUAAUUCCCUGGCGUGCAGAGCAAUUGCCAAGGACCCUGCUAGUGUCUUGAGAAGACAGAGGCCUAGCUACUCUAGGGCCAGUUUUAACCCAGCAAGAACUGGGUGCCCAGCAGCACUUCCUACAUCCCAGAAGUUUUCAAAGUGUUCUGAGGACCAGUUGCUUAUCUUUUCCUUCCUCUAUUUUUGAUUCUUUGGAAGAUGAAUAGUGUGUUCGAAUGGGUAAUGCUUAUUCAGUCCCUUAAAUCUGCUGUUAUCUCUUUUGUGACCAACAUUUUAAGUAUGUUUUAUAAAUUGAUAUUACUUGGAUAGCCCAACUUCUUUAUACCUUUUUAUAAAGAAGACAAUAUUUAUAACUUCACGUCACUCCAAUCCACACUCGUUUAAUAUAUUCUGGUGUGUUGUUGACCUUCAGAGACUUUUUUAAAAGAAUGUCUUCUGACAGUUGAUCAUUUGAAUUGAUAAAUAAAACUGGUACAUUGAAAUCUAAA